UUUUCAAUUAAUAAAUUAACCGAUUACAGAAAGCUAGAAGCAUCAGUACAAUAACAUUAGAAAAGAAAAGGGAGAAAAAUCAAAGGAAGCUGAUAGAGAACAGAGUAAGGGAAACAGAAAGCAAUUAUCAUGCGGAUCAAACCAGAAAUUAGCCAGAAGAGAACCACGCGAGAAACCUUUUGCAGUCAUCGCUUAUUAGAUCUAGAGAUCAAGCUCCACUGAUAAAGCAAAGAAGAAGAAGAUGAAAGUUUGUUAUGAUUAAAUUGGUGUUUAAGCAUAAUGUCUCAAGGUCAACUUUUGGAGAGGAAAGGUGCGGGGAUGGUUUGCAAACCAUUGAGGGGUUCAGUGCCUCAUUUUGAUAAUUCCGAGCUUAUCAAGGUGUAUGCCAAAACAUUGAUUGGCAGAUGUAUGAACCCCAAGAAGCAAGAUGUGAAAGCCUUGAUCAUCAUGCUGCCAAAAAUUUGGAAAAUGGAGGAGAGGAUUGUCGGAGCUGAUCUUGGACUUGGGAGGUUCCAAUUCGAUUUUGAUCCAGAGGAGGAUAUUGAAGAGGUUUUCAGGAUGCAGCCUUAUCACUUUGACUAUUGGAUGAUCUCGCUGGUCCAUUGGCAGCCGGUGAGGGAGAAGAGUAAUGAUGUGCCCAAGUCCAUGGACCAGACCGAUCAGAACGUUCCAGACGUCCCAGUUGAGGUUCAUCCUACCGAUCAGAUCAGACAGAUUGACCGGGCUGUGUAUCGGCUCGACCCGCGAAUGUCUGGAUUGGAGCUUCGUCCAGAUACUCGACCAGAUGCUCGAACUGGCCGAACUGAAGCCCGUCUCUCCCAGCCAACUCGACAAGCCAAGACUGAUGGUCAAGUCAGAACCAAUUUAGCUCGAGCCAAUUCCGAUUCAGACCAUGGCUUCUCUCUUUUGGCUCGAUUGGCUCGUACCGCAUGUACCGACGACCGUGCUGAUGAUCUUUCUACCUUGUUCGAUCCGAACAUGGACUUUUCCUUUGGAUAUUUUUCUAAGGCAAGGAUCCUUAAGCUAUCAGAAGACUUUGGCUUUGUUGGAACGCAACUUGUCCGAUCAGAACGUCCCGCAGCCCUUGCUGAUCGUCCCGCCUAUGUGCUGAUCCUUACCGCUUUGGACUUAGCCGGUUCAGAUGCAUCUGGACAGAAGCCAAACGGUCAGUUUGACUAG